CAUCCCCCACCUCUCUCUCUUGCUUUCCUCCCAAUACGCGGCACCCUGAGUUUGAAGCUGAAACAGAAAUCAUAAUAAUAAUAAUAAUAAUAAUAAUAAUAAUAAAAGAUCGUUUUUGAAAAGGUUGUAAGGAAAUUUUGUUACGUGUCUUUUUAUCCUAAUAGCAACCUGACGGACCCAUUCGCCGCCUCUACCUCCUCCUUUUCUCCGCCAGGUGGGGAUGCCGAGGCUGAGGCUCUUCCUCUUUCUCCACCAGCUGACGCACCGCAACUCCUACCUUCUACCUUUGAACCACCACCACAGCAACCGCCUCAGUCAGACCUUAUGAUAUCCUCUAGGAACCCCGACGCCCUCUUUAGCGGUGGCGGCAUCAGCUUUCUCACUGGAAGUCAAAGUGCUAAAUUCAGCUAUGGAUAUUCCAGUUUCAAGGGCAAAAGGGCUUCAAUGGAGGAUUUCUACGAAACAAGGAUAUCUGAAGUUGAUGGUCAGAUGGUUGCCUUUUUUGGUGUUUUUGAUGGUCAUGGAGGUUCAAGAACUGCCGAGUAUCUUAAAAACAACCUUUUCAAGAAUUUGAGCACACAUCCUGAUUUUAUGAAGGACACAAAGACAGCUAUAUUUGAAGCAUUUAAACAAACUGAUGAGGAUUACCUCAAUGAAGAGAAAGACCAGCAAAAAGAUGCUGGUUCAACCGCGUCAACUGCUGUAUUAUUGGGUGACCGGCUGCUUGUUGCAAAUGUUGGCGAUUCUAGAGUGGUUGCCUGUAUGGCUGGAUCAGCUGUCCCUCUGUCUACUGAUCACAAGCCUGAUAGAUCUGAUGAACGCCAAAGGAUUGAAGAGGCUGGAGGUUUCAUCAUUUGGGCAGGGACCUGGCGUGUUGGUGGCGUUCUUGCUGUUUCUCGUGCAUUUGGCGAUAAACUGCUUAAACCUUAUGUAGUUGCUGAGCCUGAAAUUCAGGAAGAAGAAAUUGGUGGUGUAGAUUUCAUAAUCAUUGCAAGUGAUGGGCUUUGGAAUGUCAUAUCUAAUAAGGAUGCUGUGGCCUUAGUGCAGGACGUAACAGAUGCAGAAGCUGCAGCUAGAAAACUUAUAAAAGAAGCUUAUGCACGAGGGAGCUCGGACAACAUUACCUGUGUUGUUGUCCGGUUUGACAGCUCGUGAACUUAUUGAGGCGUUGAAGACUAUUGCAUGCAACAGAAGCAAGAAAAUAGGAGUUUCUAUGGAUGCAAAAUUGAGCUCCCUUCGGACAUUGUGGUAGUUGACUAGUGCAAGAGAUUCCGAAUCAUUGGUUAUUGAGUGUUGUAUGUGUUUGACACUUGGUUUGUUAUAAUUACCUAGCAAUCAGCUCAUGUAAAAUUACUGAUGUAGCUUUGAGACAUUUGGAGGCUUCGAUACAAGCCCUAGAUAAUCAAAUUGUUUUCUCCAUAUUUCAA